CAUAUUCGUUUCUUAGGUUUUCACAUAGACUACUCAUUAAACUUAAUUUUCAUUUCAUUUUCAUUCUGUAUCGUUUUGCGUUUGAUUUUCGUAAUACCGGCCGGGCACAAUAUGAAACUUCUUUAUCGUUUCGCGUUCGAGUUUCAUAAUACCGGUCACAAUCAGCUGUGCCUGUGAGAGGUGCAUGACAUCGGCGUGCGGUAUUUUGUUUUCUGCAUCCAACAUUCCCGCGUUAACUACGGAGUGGUGGAGUCGUUAGGAAGUGUGCUCUAAAUAUUGUGUUUGUGCUAAAAAAAAUCAACAAUGAAGUAUUACUUAGGUUCUUUAGUGUGUUUGUGCUUCGGUUUAUCCCUGGCCAGUGAAGACACCUACUACAGGGCGGCUGUAGUGCGUGGAUUGAAAUACGACCAAGAUUCUUUGAAGGACUUACCGAUCAUUCGCGAAGCUGCGGAUUCUAAGGUGGACAUACUGGUGCUGCCUUUGCCGCAAGGCUCUUCAACAUCUACCUUUGAAAGCUGCUGUGGAGUAGACAAUUAUGACGAGUUGGUGAGAACUCUGUCUGAAGUAUCAAAAGCAGGUCACUUAUACUUGGUAGCGCACCUUCUGGAGAAAACCUGGUGCCAAGGCAAGAAUGAGUUGGUGAGAAGCAAUUUAGUCUUUGACAGAGAUGGACAUAUCGUAUCCGUAUACCGCAAGCCGGUAAAUGACAUCGCCAACUGCACUUCCUCUGCAACAGGUUUUGGGACGUUUACCACAGAUUUCGGAGUCACCUUUGGAGUUCUGAUGGAAGAAGACUUGGCACUUCUCAACUCUAAAGACCUUAAAGGCUUGAAGAACUUCGUACUAACAGGAUCUCGGACUGCUGAGUUCCCAUAUUUAAGUGCCUCCAGAUUCGCAGCUUCAUGGGCGUUCGUGAAUCAAGCUAUUCUCAUUUCAACAUCAGGUGUCUUCGCGGGUCAAAGUGGAAUGAAGACCGGCGGGACUAAUUUGGAAAUUGUUAAAUUGAACAAAAGCCAAGAUUCCGCUAUGGUCCCCCCUGUAGUUACAGCAUCGGCCCCUCUUCCGGCCGAAGACUUGUCCUUGUACGCGGUCGUUCCAUUGGAUCUCACCGCCAUUGCUAAUGGUCACCAUGAGACUGUAUGCCAAGAUGGUUUCUGCUGCGACUUCUAUCUCAAAGCUAAAGUCACUGGUAAGGUAGACGAAGCAAACUACAGUAUAGCAGUAACGAGUGGCGUAUGCGCACUUUUUGCUUGCGGAAUCCAGCACAAGCGAUUAUGUUCUCUCAGAUCCGUACACAACAACACAAACGUAGUUUUCGAGAAGAUCUCAGUUACAGGUGAUUUCAGUAUGGGCAGUACGGAAUAUCCGAUAAUACUUACCGCCAAUACUAGUGUCAAAUCGGAACAGUUCCACUUCGAAUCUUUACAGACGAACACUUUAAAACGAGUAACACUAGAAGUUGAGAACGUUAACAAUAUUUUUGACUUCAUCAUUUAUGGAAGUGAUACCGAAAAAUCACAGUUCCAAUCACAUGCCCGUACUCAAAUACCAUCUAUUACUCCAGGGUACAUCAUAAGCGGUGAUUUGGAUGAAUUCUUUGACUACGUCUGGAUUAGAGUACGAAUAUUCAUAUUUGUCGCUUCCAUUUACGUUUUGGAAAUGUUGUAGGUUAUGUGUCAGACUAAUUCGAUUCUCUAUCCAGAUCGUGCGUGACUUCAAUAAAAUAUCAGCUGAGAUUUUAUAAUAAGACUCAUUAAGACGAGUAAUCAUGCUUAAACAUUCGAUUGCUUAAUAAAAACCAAAAAAACAGAAGCAUCUAAAUCUAUUAUUAUUUAUUAAUUGGCGGAACGGCUGCUAAUUGGCGGAAUAAUCGCGUUUAACAUAUGAGUCGAAUUGAUAAACUCCUCCUUAUUGAAGUCAGUUAAAAAGGGAAAUAUGUCUUAUUUUUGUUUUUUAUUAUAAUUAAUGAGUCUUGUUUAACUUUAGAUUAGAGCUUUUCAACUUUAAGGCCGUACCCAGAGAAGUCUAUGACUGCUGUCACUCUCUUUGUGAUGGUAAAAGAAUAUAAAACAAACAAAAAGUCACUUUAACAAUUUGUGCGGUCUUUAAAUCUACAUUCACGCAACUACAAAAUGUAUGUUUAAACAAUUAUGUUUUAAGAA